GGGCUCUUUGUGGGGCCGCGAGCUCGGUGGAGAACCAAGAGCUCCGUCUGCUCUGCCAACGCAGCUGGCAGUGGGUCUGUCUCCGGAAGGCGGACCGGCGAACGCCCAGUGCCCGCACUCGGCCGCCUGCUCCCUACCUGCCGCGCCCGUGACAUCCUUACUCGGGACGCAGUGACCGUUUUUAAAUCACAAGGGCGUGGGUCAGCCUCCCCUAGGACUUCAUGUCUGUAUAUUUCCCUAUUCACUGCCCUGACUAUCUGAGAUCGGCCGAGAUGACUGAGGUGAUGAUGAGCACCCCAUCCAUGGAGGAGAUUGGCCUCAACCCCCGGAAGGAUGGCCUGUCCUAUCAGAUCUUCCCCGACCCGUCAGAUUUUGACCGCUGCUGCAAACUGAAGGACCGCCUGCCCUCCAUAGUGGUGGAGCCCACAGAGGGGGAGGUGGAGAGUGGGGAGCUCCGAUGGCCGCCUGAGGAGUUCUUGGUCCAGGAGGAUGAGCAGGACAACUGUGAAGAGACAGUGAACGAGAAUAAGGAGCAGUAGAGUUCCCGCCGGCUGCCGCGGGGUCACACCCGACAGCAUCUGUACCUGAACUGUGUUCUUUCCCAUUGUGAUGGAAGAAGAGAGUGAGCCACAAUCGUUCUGAAACUUCAGACGAUGGCUUCCGUUUUGCACCUGAAAAUCACUGAGUUGGUCUUCUUUUCUUUUCUUUUCUUUUUUUGAACUGUGUCCGGCAGUGGAGCCCUCUGCGACACUUUGCAAGGCCUGAGAAAGGAAGCUGCUUAGAGCAGGGGUGGGGGGUGCGGGGAAGCUGUGUGACUUCGAGAUCAUUAUCGGAACUCAAGCAGCUAGAGGCAGUGGUGGGAUUCUGGGGGGCGGGGGGAUCAGGGAGAUGUGCACAGCGAACAAAGAACAUUUGGUAUACGAAAACAAACAUGAGACAAAAGAGAAAAUACACUUUUUAAAGAAAACAGAGAAGUCCAGCCAGGAAGUACUAUUCAGUGAGCAUUUACCCUGGCUGCUGGGGCAUCGGACGACCAAGUCUUCAUCUCUCUCUCCAGCUUCGCCCACUGCUAGCCUUUGCUUUUAUUUCAGGUUUGUUGUCUAUUACAGGGGAGGCAGGUAAAGGAGAGCAGGAGAACCUGGCUGCCUGCAAAGCCAGCUGGAGGAGAUGGGAAAGAAAAAGGUCUCCCAUUCCUUCUCUGUGGACCCUCUGCUCCUGGCUGUGGCAGGUUCACGUACCAGCAGUAAUCUGGAGGUUUGUUUGUUUUUUUUAAGAGACAGGGCUAUUGAGCUCCAAUUUUCCCUUUUUGCCCCCCAGCCCUUUUAGGAAUAGUGAGAGUACUUCCUGCCCUUGUUGGAGGACCCAAGUGGAUGCUUGGACACGAAGGUCCCUCCGGAACUGCUCCCCUGGGACUUAGUGUGAGCAGAGUGGGUGGACUCUCCCAGGCUGGCCCUUCCUUCUCUCCACCACCCUGCCCAGCCCUGCUGUGGGCUCUAGCCUGACCAGCCGCAGUUCCCACUCCCAUUUGGGCUCUUGGCCUAUUUUUCUGGUAGAAUCUGAGUGGAGAGCAGAGGCUUUUUCUGUUUCUUGUUGGAGAGGUGAGCUUUAGUGCAGGUCUCAAGAGCUGCAAAGCCUGGGAAUUAUUGGAUGAAGCUGAGGGGGCUCUCAUGCAACAGCCUGGAGAUCGAGUGUGAAACUAAAGGCCGUCAUGAGAUCCCUGGCUUCCCCCCAUGUGUCACUGAAUGCAGGGGGGAGGACAAUGUAGUGAGGGAGCAUGGAACGGUGAUUCUCACCCCUCCCCUCCCACCUCUCACCUGUCCCCAGUAAGGGCACAGUUGCAGGAGAAAAGUUAGCCUUGGACUUUGACCUUCUUGUCACAGUUCAGAACCGCCAGGAACAGCAGAUUGUGGGACAAACUUUUCAAACCAUCUCUUUCUCUAUCUUGGAGGACUGUGCCUCCAAGAGGUGGGCUCGAGAGCCUCCCUGGGGCCGGACUUGGCCAGCUGAGGCACCCACGUGUCCCUUCAGAUUUCCAGUCAGUCCAGGUUGACCCCGGUUUUGAACUUGCAUGUAGUGUUGUAUUUAAUACCUCAAGGUUAGUGUGAUUCUGGGGAAUGUUGAGCAGGAGAACCAGAGUGUGCUGUUGACACAUCAGCAGGAUUUGGUUCUGGAAGCUGACGCUCCUCCUCCCCCACUGCUCCCUUCCUCUGUGUCGUCCGCUUGUGUUAUACACACCGAUGGCAAUAACUUCUUCCAGCUCCUCGAGGAAGUGGGAGAGGCCUGCAGCCUGCUCUGCUGGGUAUUUCACUCUCUUGCUCCCCGCUUUCCUUCUGUGUUGGCUGCGGAGAGCCUUUCCCCCUGACUCUCAUUCCCUCACAGCAGCAUUUCUCAUCCUGUGCCUCCCUUGUGGAUGGGGUCUUGCCUUUUAAAGUCCCAUGUUUCUGUGUCCCCCUCUCAUCUGCUCCCCUGUGUCAUCUGUCCGUGUGAUGGGAACGUGCUUGUAAACUGCAUAACAGAUCUACUUUGUGUAUACGUGUGUUUUUCGGGGUGGUUUAUUAUUUUUGCUGGUCGCUAGACCCCUUUGUAUGAUCAUUUGGAGUCUGAGCAGGCCAGAGGCUGACAGCUAAAGUCAGGACCCUGUUGGGGGGACCCAGCUGCUCUUGGACAAGUGGCUGAGCUCCUGUCUGGCCUCCCCCUUUUUUUUUUUUUUUAAGUAUCUUGUGUGUAUUUCUAACUGAUCGUAUUGGAAAAAAACCCUAGUAUUUCAGUAAAAAUGCCUGUUGUAAGAUGAACCUCCUGUAACUAUCUGUUCUUUUUUGAGGCUCAGGGAGAAACUAGCAUUUUUUUUUUUCCAAACUACUUUUUGUCACUGUGACAGUUGUAAAUAAAGUUUGAAAAUGCUUUCCA